CCAGUUUAUGACGAUGACACACAUGUGAUCGAAAGUGCCAUGAGAUGCUGGCCACCGCGUUGCGCUCACUCAUUCUGCUGGAGUGCGAUGGCUCAGAGGGCUCUGAUCAUCCAGAGGAUGGGAGCCCAGAAAUUGUGGCAGAGUUCCCCUUGGACGGACAGGCCACGAGUUUGGGUUGGGAUGGUCUCAGCCAGCGCAUUGUGGUCGCGGUGAAUGGCGCGACCUCUGACCGGCUAUGCUUCUGCGAUGCAGGAGACGAAUCUUUAGAAGAUGUAUCUCUGCCAUCUGGCGCAAGGGCGUUAGACCUGAGCUUCUUCAGCGAAGCAGAGCGCCGCAAGAGCUGGGUGGCCGUCGCCUGCUCCGACGGAGCGGUGCGGCUGCUGGACGCCUCGCCGCAGCGGGCGGCCUCCGUGGUGAAGACGAGCUACGCGCACGGCGUGGCGGCCACGGCGGUGGCGAUCUCGCGGGAAGGUAAGUUCCUGGCAUCUGGAAGCUCCAGUGGCCAUGUGGUUUUGCAACCAUUCCACGGAAGUGGGCCAACCCCACUUCCUGGAAUGCUGGAGGCAGAUGAAGCAGGCAUCGAAGCUCUGUGCUAUUCCUCCUUGCGCCAGGAGUUGUUGGCGGCGGGUGAUCAGCAAGGCAAUCUCCAGGUUUGGGAUGCUGCGGCUUUGCGCCACAGCUGCCGCUUUCCUCUUGCCCAUCGAGGUGUUGUGCGAGGUCUAUCCUUCUCCACCCAGAACAGUGACCUCCUCAUCACAGGAGGAGAUGAUGCAGAGCUGAUCUUCUGGGAUGUGAAGAAUUCCAAGCAGAUUCAGCAGGUGUCCGUUGAGAGCGGCAUCAGUUCCCUCUCAUACCAUUCAGGUGGCUACCUGUUGGCCAGUGGCACCUGUGAUGGCUCUGUGCUCAUCUUUGACCUGCGUAUGCUGGUCACGAAGAAGACACCUGCAGAGCCACUCCAGCGCUUCUUAGCGCAUUGUGAUGAUGGAGGUAUGGUCCGCGCUUUGGCAUUUGCGACAGAGGAUGUGAAGUUGUCAAAGCAGGCCUUUUCUCCAGCAGCAGCAUCAGGUGGUAUGUCACCCACUGGCGAUCCUGUGAAGACAUUUCUCCAGGACAAAGUGCCCAGCUAUGCCACCAUUGAGUCAAUGAUGGAUAGGUUGUCCAAGAGAGUGUCCGCUUCCGCUUCAGGGGAUGUGUUGACACCUCCUGGAGAUCAGAGCGAUAUCAGGAGCUCUUUCAAUUGGCCAAGUGUCUCUGCUCAGGUGCCCCCGCUGCCCCAGAGCACCGACAGGGGCAAUAUCAGCUCCUCUCGGCACUUUCCUGAGACGCCACAAAGUGACGGCCGGCAGGUGGCAAGAUACACCAUUGGCAGCCCAGAUGAGCCUGGUGUGGCAGCUGCCAGUCCUUGGUGGAAGCAGGUCGCUGAAAUGACGGUACCUGGCCCAGAGGCCCAGGAGGCACAGGAGGCAAAGGCUCCACCUGGUAACGCUUCCGAGGUAAGCCGUCUCAAGUACGAAGCCCCAGCAGCUCCAGCUCCGGUGGCUCCAGCGGCUCCAGUUGCACCGGCUGCUUCCCUGGCAGAGGUCUUGGAGCCUUUGCUCAAGGAGUUGAGAGAGGACUUUCGCAAAGAGGUCCAGGAGGCUCAGUUGGCACUGAUGGAGCAGAACUUCCAGCUCCAUGCCGAGCUUCGGAAGGAUGUGAAUGCCCUUCGAGCGGAAGUGCAACAGCUGAAAGGUGAGCUAAGAGCCUUGUGACCGGAAAAAAACACACAUGCGCGAGAUGUGGGUUUUGCAUGGAACCCUGAAAUCGACUUCAUGCCUUACCUGUUGCCAUUCUGCAAUCUUUUUGACAUCAAAGUUUCAGCUAGCAUUUACCACAUGUUGGGGUUGGCACUUCGCCCAUUGACGUGAUGUUUCAAGUCCAUCACUUUGCAUACUUUGCCAGGCUAGGGGAGUGUCACUGUGCUGUCCAGGUGUGUUGGUCAAGUGGCCCGUUUUUUCGCAUUUCAAGUCCUGAUCUGAAAAGGUCUUGUGCGAGGGAUCAUAGAAGGCAUCCUUCGGUGACAUGCUAAGUCCCGGCGCUAUGGUUGAUAAGACCAGUUGAUAAUUCCUUUCCUAUUGGUCUUUGGUGGGUCUCCCUAUAUGUCAAUACAUCAUUGUCUUUAGCAAAGGGACCAAAGACUCCAACAUCAUCACUGGCCGUGUAUGGUGAUCGUUUCUUUGGUCGUUUCUCACUUGUUAUUCAGUGUUAUGAUCCACGAA